GUGUGUGUUUGUGUGAGAGUCGCGAGCGCGGAGCCUGCGGGAUUCUAGCAGCACUGCACGCGGCGGAGAUCAAAGAAACUCCCAAUAAAAACUAACUACACUCCUCGGGAAGAGCCGCUCGAGCGCGGAGCAGCCUGAACCGGGAACGUUCGCGGUCGGCGUCCUAAACGCUCAGAAGAGGCGUUGGGUUUUUUUUUUAUAUUAGCCAGCACGCGCCGCUUCGGCUAGCGAGCGUUGCCUAGCUACGAGUCCCAGAGAGUGAACGCGGGGGACCGCGAAGUCGGCGCGAGAACCACCGGUACCGCGAGUCGCUCCUGGGCUGAGAGGAGACCCUGAAAACAACAGCGGGAGCAGAAGUCCGGGAAAAGCGAGCCGCUAGGCGCGCGGCGGACUGACGUAGCUUCGCUCGAAGCUUUGCUGAGCCAGAAGCUAGCUGUAGAACCAGCCCUGGUGAAAGUCUGGUGGCCACCUGUAAGUAGCUGAGCAUCUGGACAGAAGAGUGGGAUUUACCCUUACAGCACUCACUGUGGCCUGACUCUGGAGAAUCAAUGUUGGGAAGGCCUUUUCCUCCUCAGACAGCCUAGCGAAGGUCCAGGAGGUAGCAAGCUGGCUUUUGGAGAUGAACCAGGAACUGCUGUCGGGGGGCAGCGGCAGCAGGGCGGCGCAGCAACAGCAGCAGCAGCAGCGACCUCCGGCCCAGCCUGAACCACACUCACAUCACGUCAACCUGGAGGGCCACCAACCCCGGGAACCUCGGCCACGGAGGAGAAGAGAACGAGGGGGAGGAGAGGACGAGGAGGAGCAGGAGGAGGAAGAUGAGGAAGAGGAGGAGAGGGAACACCCUCUAGAGGGGGAAGAGGGAGAGGAAGAAGGAGAAGAGGCAGAAGAACCGUGGCCUUCCAGGAGGAACCAGUCCCCAGGUGAGAAUGAGGGAGCGGAAGAAGGGAGGCGGAGAAGGGAGGAGAUGAACGGAGAAGAAAAAGGAGCUCAGUGGAUGUGGGAGCAAGAGCAGAGGCAGCGGAGGAACAGGCGAAGACGAAACGAUGAAGAGGAGGAGGAAGAGGAGGAGGAGAACAAUAACAGCGGAGGAGAGGGACACGUGGGAGUUCCUCAUCUCCGGACUGAGGAAGAGAGUGGCCGGCCUGAAGAAGAGGAGGACGGAGAAAGGGAGGUGGAGGAGGAGAUGGACCAGGAGAGUGAUGAGUUUGAACAGUCGGAGGACAGUGGAAAGGAGGAUGAGGAAGAAGAGGAGGAUGAAGAAGGGGCAGGGGAUGGCCUCCACUCUCCUUCUCUUAGGACCAACGUUUUGGACCCUAACGAUAACACGGACCACCCCUCAGGACGACAGAACCAAAGCUCAUCCUCGUCUCAUCCGACUCAUCUUCAGAUGAAGAGGAAGUUGGACCAUGGCCCCGAGGUUCGACCUUUCCCUUCAGGCAAAAAGCCCUGCCCAAGUCCGACGGGUUUGGUCCCAUACCCGUCCACCCCCACUACGUUUGGAGACUUGCGGGCGGCUAAUGGACAGGGUCAGCAAAGACGCCGCAUCACCUCCAUACAGCCCCCCACUGGCCUGCAGGAGUGGCUCCGGACCUUCCAGAGCUGGAGUGGGCCGGAGAAAUUGCUGGCGCUGGACGAGUUGAUUGACAGCUGUGAACCCACACAAGUGAAGCACAUGAUGCAGGUGAUCGAGCCGCAGUUCCAGCGAGACUUUAUCUCCCUGCUACCCAAAGAGUUGGCCUUGUACGUGUUGUCUUUUCUGGAGCCGAAGGAUUUGCUCCAGGCUGCUCAGACGUGUCGAUACUGGCGCAUCCUAGCUGAAGAUAACCUGCUCUGGAGGGAAAAGUGCAGAGAAGAAGGUAUCGACGAGCCAUUGCACGGAAAGAGGAGGAAGGUGGUAAAGCCCGGUUUCAGCCACAGCCCGUGGAAGAGUGCCUACAUCAGACAGCACAGAAUAGACACCAACUGGAGGAGAGGAGACCUCAAAUCACCCAAGGUGCUGAAAGGACACGAUGACCACGUCAUCACCUGUCUACAGUUCUGUGGAAACCGCAUCGUCAGUGGCUCUGAUGACAACACACUGAAAGUCUGGUCUGCUGUCACAGGAAAGUGUUUGCGGACAUUAGUUGGCCACACCGGUGGCGUCUGGUCGUCUCAGAUGAGGGACAAUAUAAUCAUCAGUGGCUCAACGGACCGAACCCUGAAGGUGUGGAACGCUGAGACAGGAGAUUGUAUCCACACGCUGUACGGCCAUACCUCAACAGUGCGCUGCAUGCACCUCCAUGAGAAAAGGGUGGUGAGUGGUUCUCGUGAUGCGACGCUGCGUGUGUGGGAUAUAGAGACGGGUCAGUGUUUGCAUGUUCUGAUGGGUCACGUUGCGGCGGUGCGGUGUGUACAGUACGACGGCCGUAGAGUGGUCAGCGGAGCGUACGACUUCAUGGUCAAAGUGUGGGACCCCGAAACUGAAACCUGCUUACACACACUCCAGGGGCACACCAACAGAGUCUACUCGUUACAGUUUGACGGCAUCCACGUGGUGAGCGGGUCUCUGGACACGUCGAUCCGUGUGUGGGACGUGGAGACGGGGAACUGCAUUCACACCCUCACAGGUCACCAGUCUCUGACCAGCGGGAUGGAGCUGAAGGACAACAUCCUGGUCUCGGGGAACGCAGACUCCACCGUCAAAAUCUGGGACAUUAAGACGGGCCAGUGCCUGCAGACCCUACAAGGUCCCCAUAAGCACCAGAGCGCAGUGACAUGUCUGCAGUUCAACAAGAACUUUGUGAUUACUAGUUCUGACGAUGGUACGGUGAAGCUGUGGGACCUGCGGACGGGCGAGUUCAUCCGGAACCUGGUAACACUGGAGAGCGGCGGGAGUGGCGGUGUGGUCUGGAGGAUCCGAGCCUCCAACACGAAGCUGGUGUGCGCAGUGGGCAGCCGGAACGGCACAGAGGAGACCAAGCUGCUGGUGCUGGACUUUGACGUGGACAUGAAGUGAGCCGACAGGAGAGAGAUGCAGAUCGCCGUUGUCGUUGCUGUGCUGCGGAGAGUCGGGGGGGGAUCUAAACAUAAACUGAUGGGAGGGGAGAGGAAACCUGAACUGGGUUUCCUCCAGCAGCUCUACGACAGGACCCAUCACUCACUCUCGCUCACUCUUUCAUCCUCCUCGUCCUCUUCCACCUGCCGUGCCGUCGCUCGUGAGACGCUCCUUUGGCCGUGAUCUCCACUGAGCGAGAGGUAUGGAAGUGGGGUGGGGCCUCACAGCAUUCUGGGAAAGGAUGGGCACAGGCCAGGAAGGAGGAUGCUGGGAGGGAGGAGAAAAAAGGGGGCAGAGCUGCAGCAGCCUUGCACAGAGACUUGAAGCUCAAGCCUGACCGACGCACUCAACGCCCUGAUGUACAAACACAUAGCUUUUCUUUUGUCCUUCUUUUUUUUCCCCCCGUUUUUAUUUUUAAAAGUUUUGAACGAACAAGUCGACACUGUAUGCAUGGUGAGAGAUUAGAGCCUCGUCGAACUGAGUGGCGAAAAAGUUACAGUUUUAAGCGGGAGGAGAAGUGGAACUGACUAUUGAAAUUUAUAAAUGUGAGGAUUGGAAAAACGUUGGAAAUGAACUAAGCCAAUUUUAUUUAUCCUCGAUAAGCAGGAGCACACACUGCGUUGUUAUUUUGGUAUAUUUGUCCCCACAUUUGUUUUUUGGUUGAGUUUUUUUUUUUGCUUGUUUUUCAACACAACUGUGAAUUAAAAAAAAAAAAAAUACCCCCACACACUUUUUUCACUCACUGUUCACAUCUCCUGUUGCCACUAGCAACAAGUUUCAGUAUUAAGCUAAGUUUUUUUUUUUACCCCCUCCCCCUCCCUCUGCUGUUGUCUAAACCCAAUCUAGUUCCCCCCAACACCCCCCUUUUUUUUGCAGUGUAAUUUUCUUCCCACCUUUCUGGAUGUGCCCUGCUGUCCUCAUGUGUCAAACCAGGCUGCUCACGUUACGUUGGCUCUCCUUCAGUACUGGUGCUUUAUGGGAGACGGGGAUUUUAUUUUGUUAACAUAUUGUUUAUGCCGCCCCACACCUCCCCCCUCGCACCCUCCAACCCCACCCAGUGGCCAAACUGAACUUAAUGCUGCUAGUCACAAGGAAAAAAAUGAGGUGGAACUUUUUCUUUUGUUUUUCGCUGGCUGUGACGUUUUAGUCCCAGACUAGAGAUGCUAAAAAGAAAUUUUACUUCUAGAGUUUGGACUUCUAAGAUAAAAGGAAAAAAUGACACAGACAUACAUACAAACAAAAGCAAGAUAUGUAAACAACAAACUUCUUUUUUUUUUUUUUUUUUUUUUUUUUUUAAGUUUUGUUUCGUUUUUUUGCCACUGAAACUUGAGCCAAAUGUGCCUCCACGAGGCUGUAAAGAGGGAGAAUGUUAGAAGAGACGGAAAAUUCAAAACCCAAAAUAAUUUCACCUACGAGUGUUUCCUACCGCGAUUGCAUGAAUGUCUGUUUUGUGUGAGAGCGUGUGUGUGUGUGUGAAAGGUGAGUAAGUAAGUUCCUUGAGACAAAAGCUAAUCAAAGCCUGUUCUGUGAGCAAAUGUUUAAUUUGAAGGAUUUUUAUUAUUGUAUUAGCACCAUUUAUCCACAUCAAAUAUUUCAGCCAGACGAGUGCUGAAAGCGUUUGCUGACGGAACAGAGAUGCGAGCGGGACGUGCCACCUGAUCACCAGAGAUGCUUCUGCUGUCUGCAUUAGAUUAAAAAAAAAAAAAAAAACACGGAACGCCAAAAUGAUCCGUCUCAUUCUCCUACACACACAACUCAAGCUGAACUGUGAAAGUGGUUAAACACUGUAUAUUACAACUUAAAAAAAGAAAAACGUUCUUCUCCUGUUUUUUUUUGGUUUGUUUUUUUUUAAUUUAUGAUCUGGUUUGAGAAAUCAGAUGUUGGAUUUUUUUUGUCCCUUCCUCAGUCCUCAUAUAAAACUGCCUGGUGUUGACAGACAGACAAACAAAAAAUAAACCUUAAAGGGAUUUGUCUAUUUGUUUGAUUCACUUAGAAAUUUUAUUUUCUUAUAACUUAAGUGCAAUAAAAAUGUGGGGUUUAAUUUCUUUCCUAUAUUUUGUUUUUGGUUUGGUUUGUUUUUUUCAUUUCAAGCUUUUUGAUUGUCUUUGUUUGUCACUGUGUGAAAGUGUCAUAUGUGCCCAAUAAAGCUUCUAUGGUUUAUUGUA